AUGGGGACGAUGCCAUUGGCCAAUAUACAAGAAUAUUGGUCAAAAAACCAAGCAAGCCACAUUACAUUUUAUCCCAAACGUUUACAAGAGAUAGAUUUACGCAGAUUUUUUUGGAUGUUACAUGCGAAAAUAGUUUCGGCACAAAGUACUAACUCUACACGUUUGCAGCAAAUAAGUGGCUAUCUUGAUUAUAUAAAUUCAAAAUUUUUGAAUUAUUUUAUACCGAGUGAGGAAAUUUGUGUCGACGAGUCUGUUGCUGAGUUUCGUUUAUCACAUAUAAUCCGAAAAAACCAACGAAAUGAGGUAUUCGAAUCCUAUACGUUAGCAGAUUCUAAUACGGGUUAUAUUUGUGGCAUUCUGCCUUAUUAUGGUAGCCUUACAACACAAACAUUGAUAAGACCGGACCUUCCAGUAUCCAGUAGAAUUCCAUUAUACCUGUACACAAUGCUAUUGAAUAAAAGUCCCGAUGCGCAGGAACAUCAUAUGUUUACAGACCGUUAUUAUACAAGUUAUAUUUUGAAUAAUGAAUUACGCAAAUUAAAAUAUCAUUUGACCGGCACAAUAUUAACAAAUAGGAAAGAGUUGCCAAAUGCGAUAAGGAAACCAAAUCUUAAACAAAAAUUAAUAAUAGCUUAUCGCAAGAACAAUAAUUUGCAAAUUGGUAUAAUGCAGAGAUGAGUGUUGAAAGAGCACUCCACCAUGGUGUUCAAACUGUUGCGAUCAUAAAUUAA